CCUCCUCUCUCUCUCUCUCUCUCUCUCUCUCUCCUCACUGGCCUUCGCUUUGGGUGCUGUUUGGGGAGUUCGGAGAAAUGAAGAUAAUUGUGGUGAAACUGGACUUGCAUGAUGACAAGGACAAACAGAAGGCUCUCAAGGCAGUCUCCACCCUUCCUGGAAUCGAUUCCCUUGCAAUGGACAUGAAGGAGAAGAAACUGACGGUGGUUGGAGCCGUCGACCCUGUCAAAGUUGUGAGCAAACUCAGGAAAUUCUGGCCGACCAAUAUAUUCUCAGUGGGUCCAGUGAAGGAGCCUGAGAAGGAGAAGAAAGAAGAGCCCAAAAAGGAGGAACCCAAGAAGGAGGAGGAGACCAAGAAGGAGGAGCCCAAAAAGGAGGAGACCAAGAAGGAGGAGCCCAAGAAGGAGGAGGAGACCAAGAAGGAGGAACCCAAGAAGGAGGAGGCCAAGAAAGAGGAACCCAAGAAGGAGGAGGCCGAGAAGAAGAGAGAUCCCCAAGAGCUGAUGAUGAUGGAGCUCGUCAAUGCCUACAAAGCUUACCAACCUCACAUGACCACACAUUACUACGUCCACAGUGCCGAGGAGAAUCCAAACUCUUGUGCCAUCUUGUAAGUAAUAAUUACGUGAAAACAGGUAAGGUUUUAUCCAAGUCUUGAGAACCAAUACUGUGAGCCUUCCCAACCACCCUGAUGGAAGGCUGCAGAUAAAUUAGAGAAGCGACUCUGUAUGGAUGGUGGGUGGUUGCUUCAAGAUUUCCCGUUCGGUUAGAAGGUAUGUUUGAUGGUGAAUAAAUAAGUUUUAGGUCGCUUGAGCUUUUGAUUUCUAGGAAUUAUGUACAAAAUAUUUAAAUAAACUUUUGACAUCCUGUCUGGUUGAUGAGUAUAUACGUCUGUAAGAAGCGGCCUUAAGAAACUUUGGUUUCUAAUUCUGUAUGGUAUCUCACUUUUGGAGUUGUAUCUUUCACUGAAAUAAAUGGGAACAUAAAGCUACGGCAGGAGUUUAAAGACA